GCCAUGAGGUUCCAACUAAAGCUCCAGAUUUGCCUGUACUUUUGAAACAGGUGUGUUGUCACAGAAAUGAGCCAUAUGCGCUAGCAGCUGUCAUGGUUCUAAUGGUUUCUGCUAAAGUAAUUCCUAAAUACCAGUUAAAUCUUACUGCCAGAUGACAAGAUUCAGUAAUCAAUGCUCUUUUCAUUUUUUGUCUGCCAUGACCUGUACGUGCAAGAUAUGGCCUGUCUUUUGUACUUCAUUUUAUCAACUUUACAGACUGGCUUAUCCUUUGACUCUUAUCACAUUAGUAAAUAAAAAUAGCUUUGGCUGCCUGUUCUAUUGAUUGAAGUUCUACCCAAGUGGAGGUCUUCCAGGUUUUUACCUAACUAUAUGGUAUUCAUGAGGUUGUCUUCUCCAGGAUAUGAAAGGUUGUAGAACAGGGACUACAUGGAGACAAGAAAAAUAGGAUAUUUGUAGAUAUGACAUGCACAAGAUAAUUUUGAUCUAGCUGCUAGCAUUGCGUUGAGUGACUUUGUCAUGCUGAAUGUUUUUGUCUUCAUAAACUAGCAAUAGAAAGCUAGUUACCAAUACCGAUGGCUUCAAAGAAUGCUUGCAGUAGUGGGUGGUUCUUGGACAGAGAUUCCAAAGAGCUUCACUGUCUUGCAAAUGAGAUAUCUAGCAACUUCUGCAGCACAACAGAUUUCGAAAGUGCAUGUACUGGUUCUUCAUCCAUGAUCUCAACAAUCAUGUCAAGAUUCUUGCCACAAAUGAGGAUGGGUCACAUACUUGCCUUUCUGGAAAUGAAGCCUGGAUAUGGUACAUUGGUGUAUGACUUUCACAUAUCGGAAAACACAAAAUCUUCUUCUCCAGAAGCUGAAAUAAGAUUACUUGUUGCUCAUUUAGAUAAUAUAGAGACAUCAUCAUGUCUCAUAACACCCCCUAAUGUGAACUUUCUCCUCAAUGGGAAAGGAGUUCAAAACCGAAACAAUCUGUCAAUGGAUACUGGACCUCAAAUUCCAACAGCUUUGUCAAGUAUGCUUAACAACGGAGUAAAUAUACUUCAAGUUGUGGGCCAGUUUAAUGGAAGUUACAUUGUUGUCAUUGCCUCUAUGAGUAUGACGUCAACCCCAGAUUCUGCUGCACUUCCAGAUUAUGUGCAACCCGAAUCUGCUUCAGUUGAUCCGGACUAUGAGAUAAUAGAAGGGCCAUCAAGAAUAUCCUUGAAUUGCCCCAUAAGCUUCAAGCGCAUUAAGACUCCUGCUAAAGGCGUUUCAUGCAAACAUCUCCAGUGUUUUGAUUAUGAGAAUUAUCUCGACAUUAAUUCAAGAAGACCAUCAUGGCGUUGUCCUCAUUGUAAUCAACAUGUCUGCUUCCCUGAAAUCCGCAUUGAUCAAGAUAUGGCCAAGGUUUUGCAAGAAGUUGGGGAGAACAUCAAUGAUGUGAUCAUCUCUUCAGAUGGUUCAUGGAAGGCAAUCAUCGAAGGUGAUGAUGACAAUCAGAGGCCACCAGAUAAACCCACCGAUUUUUCAAAGGAUAAAACUUUGCAGCCGGAUCUUACAGAUAUAGAUGAUGCAAUGACUGGAGAUCAUAUAGCUUCUUCCUCAGCCAAGUGCCAAAAUCAACUGCUUGAUACUAAUAAUCCAAGUGAGGCUAAUCACACUCCUAAUAUGGAGAAUUUCUGGUCAAGAGUUCUUCGCUCCACGUAUGGAUCAGGGACAUCUAGCUCUAUGUUAAAUUUACAUAUCGGUGGUGCUUCUGAGCCCACUCCAACAAGUUUGAUGCCACCGCCAAUUUUAAUUGAUGAUCAUAUUCCAGCGUGUGUCAUGGGGCAGGGUAGAGUUUCUUCUCCCAAUACUAUGCAGGCACAACAGUACCAAUUCGCUAAUUCGGCUGCCAACCAAGAACAUGUGAUGUCAUCAUCAGCAGUUAGGCAUGCAGUAUGUAGAACACCAGUUGCAGUUCAGGCCCUUCCUGCCCAGAUGCCCUAUUCCGUGCCUCAACAGAGACCAGUAAAUACUAUGAGCCGUCUUAGUAGUCCCACGACAGCUUCUCAGCAUUCUCCUGUCUCAUCAAUGAUGAAUAUUGACACAGUCCAACAGUACUUGAGAUCUAAUUCAAAUAUGCACCAGGCAUCACAAAUACCGUCAUCAACAUCAACAAGCAUGCCACAGCCGGGGUAUUCUUCUGGUUCUGUUGGUCCAGCUCAACAGUUCGUCAACCUCCAAUGUCCAAGUCAAGUACCUCUUCCUCCUUUCAGAGCACCCUCGGGAUUUACAACUGAACCAUCAAACACUAAUCAGCAUCAAACACUGAACCGGCAGACACUUCAUGCCAUGAGUCAACCCCAAGGUAUUGCUCAACCAUCUCCCGCUAGUUUCACUCGAAGUCCUUUCCAAGCCGGUGGUACACACAGUAGUGUGGGUGGUGGUCAGGCAAGAGGCGUCGUUAACAGCCAACAUAAUAAUAAGUCGAGGGAAGCUGCCCUGCGCACUGCCCAAGUGGCAAAGCCUGUUCAACUGUCUCCAACUCUACCUCCUCUUUCCAUGAACCCUAAUGCCUCCCGGGAAUCAUUGGCAAAUGACCAAAUGGGGGUUGGAAAUAUAGGAGACCAUGCACCACCGGAUUUACUGUCGGGGGAUCAAAACUGGCGCCCAACAGGGCGCAUGCGUGGAAGCCUAUCGGGACAAGCCUAUUCUGAUGCUCUGAACCAAUACAUAAUCCGGCCAACGCAGCAAGCUCAAGCUGCAAGAUCACCCACCGCAAUCUCGCCACAACUACAAACCAUUAUAGCCAAGAGAGCCACUCCCACGCCUCCUGUAACAAAUCAGCCAUCUACUACACCUGAUGUCUCAGCUGUUUUGCCAGAGUGUUCUUCAGCAAUGCAGUAGACCAUAUACAGGUUGGCUAAUCUAGCAAUGUAUCUAGCUAGUGUCACAAUGUCACUACUGUGUGAAAGUCCCAAAUUACCCUAGGAGGGAGGGGUUAGGUAUGAAGUUGUAGUUCACAAUCUAGCCAUGUAUCUAGCUAGUGUCACAAUGUCACUACUGUGUGAAAGUCCCAAAUUACCCUAGGAGGGAGGGGUUAGGUAUGAAGUUGUAGUGUAUAAAAAUGUAUGGUUUAUUUCUAGUGUGGUUAGUAAUCGUUUUGUUCAUAAAUUAUGCAAUCCCUCCCAAGUGAUCAAUAUGAAUGGAAGCAGGUAAGAGAAAUGGCAA